AUGGAUGACAAGUCCGAGCUGCAAGAGUCCACGGCGAGCGAGCCGCUGACUCUGGAGCAAGAAUAUGAGAUGCAGCGGAAAUGGAGAGAAGACGAAGAUAAACUGACGUUUAUCAUCCUCGCCAACGAGCAAGCCGCGUCCUCUCAACCGUCCACAAGCACGUCCGAACGCGAAUCAACGACAGACGCCAGCUGGUUGCAAGACCUCUCCAUGAUCGGGGACGUGAACCUCUUCCUGAAAGGCGAUCCGCCGACGAGGACUUCGAGGCGGAAAAUAUACAUCGUCUGCUGGAUCCCGCGCACUCGGCUUACCACGCUGACAGAACCAGCCUACCGCCGCCGCGGCCUCGCACACACCGUCCUCCAGCUCUUCCUCUCCUACGCGACCUCCGCCCCCCGUCGCCCUCCCCUGAGUGGCUCUCCACGUGACGCCCUGCCCCCGAUCCCCCGCACGGCCCUCGUCGCGCGCAUCGGCAUGCGGAACGCGCCCAGCAUCGCGCUCUUCGCGAAGCUCGGCUUCGUCGAGACGAAGCGCGUGGAGGUCUUCGAGGAGGUCGAGAUGCGCUGGCGGGGCGCGGAGGGCGGCGGGGCGUGGAAGGCGGGCGAGGCGCGAGAAGUGCAGUUCGCGGAGGAGUGA